AUGCGUAUUCUGGUUGGAGUCAAGCGGGUAAUUGACUAUGCAGUCAAAGUCCGUGUAAAGCCUGACAAAACAGGAGUUGUUAAAGAGAAUGUCCAGCAUUCCAUGAAUCCAUUCGAUGAAAUUGCACUUGAAGAGGCUGUUCGACUAAAAGAGAAGAAGGUCGCAUCUGAGGUUAUCGCAGUUUCUUGUGGACCUGCAAAAACUCAGGAAACUCUAAGGACUGCCUUAGCGAAAGGAGCUGAUCGUGCAGUUCACGUCGAAAUUGAUGAAAAAACUGCUGAAAAAAUGGAACCAAUUCAUGUUGCUAAAAUCCUGUCUAAAAUGGCAGUGGAAGAAAAAGCAGAUUUGAUUUUUCUCGGUAAGCAGGCUAUAGAUGACGAUGCCAACCAGACUAGCCAGCUGACUGCGGGAUUCUUGGAAUGGCCACAAGCACUGUUUGCAAGUAAAGUGGAACCUGAGGACAAUGGGUACUUCAAAGUUACAACGUAUGUUUAA